AAUAAACCCCCGAGUGACAAGGCAUUAUGGCCUCUAAAUCAAGCGCAUCCAGUAUCUUCUUUGCAUCUACACCCAACUUCAAGGAUCUGUGCUCCGUCACACUUCAAGUUCAGGAAAAUACCGAAGGAGGGAUGACACCCAGUAAAUAUGUGGGCUCCCAGCCUCAAAUUGUAAAAUGCAGGCAAUUGAUAUUCACUGAGCCAGGCGUUCUAGCUUCACCGUCCCUUCAGCAGGAGGGAUACAUCUACGCCGUCCUGCAGCAGUCGGUGUGGAAAUCAGGUCGUCUGCAGGCUAGAUGCCAAAAGAUGGGACUCGUGGUGAAUAAACCAAUGCGAGUCAUAAGUCCCGUCUUCCAAGCCUGCUUAGCCUACACCAUCAGGGCCAGAAUGGCCCCACUGUGGAACAAAGCAGGCAACUGGUACAUCCAAGGCAGAGAUUUCCUGCUGAACUCUGGCAGGGUAGCGGCUGUAGAUUUGGAGCUGAACGUAACUGAAGCUGAGAUUUGUCUUGUGCUGCGUCCCCUCAUGGUGAAGCUACCACAGAGCUCACUGAUUGAUUUUGAAGUGUGCCAACCCAUUCUGGACCAGUUCUUUCUCUCCGCGAACAACGUCAUAUCCGAGUACUCCAUUGACAACAAGUGGUGUUAUGUCUUGCCAAGCCUCAAGAAAGGCAAAGUGGUUAGCAUCAGUCAUGAGAUUCCAUCCACCAGCCCCUUCAAGACUUACAAAGAAAUCCGAAGAUACUGGAAGAAUGCGUACGGCUACCGGCUUCCAGAAACUGAUGUCGGAGUUCUCUACUACAACGUCUACUUCCCUGCCAUUGGACCUACACUCUUCACCUACCCAGAGUUCUGCAUUCGCAAGGACGAGCCCAUACUACAAGCCCGCAUCGACCCAGCCCCUAUCCUGAAUGCCUUCCUGACGGACUUACAGUACAAAGUCUCCUCAGUGUGCGGUACGGCCUUCGAGGUAACUCCUAAAGCCCAGUACAUCAACACGGGACUGUUCCCGACAGGAAAGGAGGAAGCUAAGCUGUCCCAGUUGAACCUAUCCAGCACACCCCCACCUACAUCAGUGCGUCGCAUCCCAAGCAGACCCAUCUCCCUCCAAGGCUGCCCUGCUCCCAACAGUUUCACCCCUACUCCGUCCUUGUCCCAGCACACCCCGACUCCUAGCUACCGGUCGCCCACCUAUCCCCUCUCUGGAACCGUGGGCGAUUUCAACGCCUCCUUCUCCAUCGCCGGUCGCGUGUCCAUUCCCGCCGCGACCAACAGGGUUGCCCAAACGCCACAAACGGACGGCCAGUAUGCUGCACAUACAGGCUACACGUACCCAGGUCCUGUUUACAAUAAUGUAAACAUUUUCAGCGUUUCAACUGCCUUGUCUCCACCAGCACGACAAACGUCCUUCAGACCAGUACUACCGAAGCAGGCUUUGAAUAACUUUAGCUUCAGUGCCGCGAAUAUGUGGAAUGACACAGCUUACUCCAACCCUGUCGUCAACAAGACGACAUACAGUAGCAUUCAAUCAACCAAUCAGUGCAUUCCAGUGGCGACUAUGAUGGGCAGCAACCAAUCAAAUAUGCAAAUGCAUCAACGUAUAAUUCCCAAGUUUGUACCUCAGCGUUCGCGGACGUCGCACAACAUCCCUGCUUCCUCAACAAGUUCCCGAUAUGACGAUCUCUCCCCGAGGAUUGUACCAUCGUUCCACCCCAGCAGGCAGGUCAACCAGCACCCUAAGACCCAAGUACGUCCAUCAACUUUUACCGCAUCCCUACAAUGCACCUCUCUGGGUGCAGCAGGCCUGUCAACUCCCCCUCAGAAACCGCAGAACAGUCACCCAGACAGACCCAAGCCAACCAAGCCAUCGUUUGCGCCGUCCUUUCCUCGCAAAGACUCCUCUCAAGCCGCUAAAGCACCCGCCGUCAAAAAGAAAGUACAGCAGACACUGGACGGUAUUGUUGUAAAAGCUCCAAAACGUGCUGAACUACAGAAGCAAGACUGCGGCAAGACUGCAAAAAGAAAAUCAAAGGAUGACAACGGUAACGGCCCUCCAGCCAGCAAGAAGGCCAGGUCUAAACCUAAAGUACAGGAAGAGGUCAAUGUACAGUCGCUUGCCAUCAACGACCAACUAUCCAAAGUGAAUACCGUUACCCUGGCAACGUGGCUGAAAAACAAAGGAAUUCCAGUCAAAGCCAAGGAGAAGAAAUCCGACCUCAUGCAGAAAGUGGCGAACUUCAUCCACGCCAACUCCAUUGAAGAUUAGGACGACUCGCUUAGGAGUGCUGAAUCGAGCGCGAGUUAACAGUGAGUGUUAAAUGAGUCCAGUUCCAUUAGGCC